AUGACCUCUAUUGAUAAAGAAAUUGCCAGCAUAGCAACCAAAUACUUUUGUGAACGUAAAUAUGAUGCUGCUUUAGAAUCCCUGGAACUUUUAGCGGGUAGACCGGAAACAACGGUUACGACGACGAUUAAUUUAGAAGGAACAGAAGAAAAAAAAAUUCAGGAACAAGAAAAUAUUGAUCCGAUAAUUUUACAUAACCUUGCGGUUACUCGAUACUAUAAAAGUAACACAUUGCAACACCAAGCACUAUACGAGGCAUUAGAAGAUGUGCUGUCAAAAAUACAAGCGAAUAAUGCCUCUGGUGGUGUUGCAUUAUCGGCAUAUGGUGUAAUAAGGGAUAAGAAAACGGAGGUUACUACUAGUGGUGAGCUAACUAAUAUAAAUUUGGUGAACAAUAAGUUAGAGUGUGAUAAUGUUCCAAGUUUUUCAUUUCCUGAAGAACAAAACAAUAAACACUACAAGAAACAGAAUAUUUCCUCGGCGACGACACAAGAACAUUUAGUGAAUACAGAUGAAGAUUUGGAUGCAGCUGCUUCAGAAGAAGAUGAAGCAACCAAUGGGAUAGGAUCUUAUCGGUCUUCUUUUUCAAAGAAUAUUCCCCAUUUCAUUGAUGAAGCAAUCCCCCUCUAUAAUAAGGCUGUUAUUUAUUUUCAAUUGAAGCGAUACGAAGGCGCUCGUGGUAUCAUUGAGCCUUUUCUGCGUGAUAAUAUUGAUCGAUUGGAAGGAUAUGUGGCGUGUAGAAUGUCUUGGUUAUUGAUGGAGGUAUAUAUUGAACUAUGUGAACCGAAUAAGGCAUCUCAAGUUCUCAAAUGGCUUGAAUUAAAAUUAAAAGAUGCCAAGUCUAAUAAGAACUCAUUAUUUGAAGAGAGAGAUAAAAAACUUCUCAAAAAUUCAGAAUAUAAUAGAGCUGACCACUGCAAUGAUCAAGGGAAAUUUCUCUUCGAUAGAAUACAAACAAAAGAAAAACAACCAGAAGGGCCAACUAAAGUGAAAAGUGACGAUAAAGUUUCGAUAUCUAAUGUCUUUCCGAAUAUCUUGGUGACAGUCCCUUCAAAUUAUGGUUCCCCAGAGUUUGCAUUCCAUGCUCUUAAAAAACGUAUUAACGCGCUGUACCAUAACAAAGUUGACCAAACAAAAUAUAACUAUCAACAACAACACGCAAAUAUAAAUUCACAUAUUGAGUCGAAUAAUAAAUUAGUAGAUUCUGAUGACUCUUCUAAGAUAAUAACCAAUAAUGAAUCUCCUGAUUAUAAUAUUUCGGAUAUUGGAAUCGAGUCUGAAUUGAAUAGAGCAUAUCGUGAGGCUUAUUCGGAGUACUUGCGAAAGAAUUAUCAGAAAUCAUUCAAAAUCAUGGAAUCAUGUAACAAAGUUGAUUCUAGAGCUAAUCGACAUGAAAUGGGCUUGUUAAAAAGUGAACAAUGGAUAAAACUUUAUUAUAAUAAUAUAGGCUGUCUGCAUUUCAUGCAACGAAAAUUUGCUUUGGCUUCGUUAUAUUUUUCAAAGGCUAGGAAAUAUAAUUCAGAUUUGCUUGAAAAAUAUGGAAACGAUGAGUUAUCUGAUCAGUUAGAUGGAUUGAGUUAUUUGGCCAAUGGAAUGUAUGAGAAUGCUUUACAAUGCUUUGAGAAAGCCGCUGAAGUGCGCGAAAUCCAGUCCUCACCAUGGGUUUGGAUUCGAAUAGGAGAAUGUUGUCUAAGUAUAUACGACCAGAUUACAUCAUUUGGCGGUAAAGAAAUCGUUAAUAAGGAAAGAUUUUCCGCCGUUUCUGGCAGCUUUCCACCAGAUCCGGGUGAUGUGGAUCAUCAUCAUCCACACCGUCCUCUCUUGGAUUACGCCAUAUCAAGUUUCCAAAACGCAUUGAUUCAUCCUAUCUUAAACAACAACAGCAAUGAUCAUCCAAAUCCUUCCACUCUUGAUGUUACCUCAAAUGUUGAAAUCCCACGACAGCAUCAAAAAUAUCAGGAUGCAAGUAGACGAACAUUUUCGUCUAUGACGUUCCAAGAGACGGUAAUAAUUCGUCGUACGGUGAUGAUUAAAUUGGCUUAUGCACAGAUACGAAAUAGACUUUAUUCAAAAGCUCUUGCAAUUUCUCAAAGAAUUAUUGACGAGAUCGAUCAAGAAUCAUCUUCAAAUAUUGAGAAUGAGAUCGAUACCACUGACAAGGAUGAAAUAAUUACAAAUAACCGUGUCCGGAAUUUAGCAUGCUCGUACGCUGUUUAUUGUCGACGCUGGUUGAAUUCAUUAACACACAAAAACCACAAUAAUAAUAAUCAUCGUUAG